UGAAUCACUGUUUUGCUUCUAGGAUCUUCUGCGUGUGGAAUGAAGUCCUCCGGGUAUUAUAAUGGGUCUCUGUCCUUGACGGUCUCUGGGCUGCCGUGCUUAAAUUGGUUGGACUUCCCUGAUUACAUUCUGCAGUAUCCAAACCGAGGAUUGGGGAACCACAACUACUGUAGAAAUCCAGAUGGCGGAGAGAUGCCGUGGUGCUUUUAUCAGCUUGCUUCUGGAGCUAUUGGCUGGGCCAACUGUGACUGUAACCAGGGAGCUGUGCGGUUGGAAGAGGAUGGCCGGGUGGAAGUCUAUUUUCGGGGCUUGUGGGGCGCGAUCUGUGGGGAUGAGUGGACAGAAAGGGACGCCAGUGUGGUCUGCCGGCAAUUGGGUCUCAGUGAAAUUGGCACAGCUCGGUGGGUGAGCUAUUCCACUCUCAGCCCGAUGCCCUUCCACCUGCAGUCUGCAAAUUGCCGCGGGAAUGAGAAGACGCUGUUGCAGUGUGCAUACCAAGAGAUGUUCGGAGCCUGUACCCAGGGAGUUGGGGCAGCAAGCUGUGUUCCUCCUCAAGGUGGAGGGACCCCACUUCGCCUGGUGGGGGGAAAGGAAAGCUUUGAGGGGCGAGUGGAAGUCUACUACAAUGGCCGUUGGGGCACCAUCUGUGAUGACCAGUGGGAUGACCAGGAUGCCGAAGUGGUCUGCAGGCAGCUGGGCCUCAGUGGAAACCCGAAGGCUGCGCCGUGGGCUCGCUUUGGGCAGGGGCUGGGCCCAAUCCUGCUGGAUGAGGUUGCGUGCUCAGGGAAUGAGCUUUCCCUGGACCAGUGCAAGAAAAAUAACUGGGGAGAGCACAACUGUGACCAUGUUGAAGAUGCUGGGGUGACCUGUGACCCCUUUGCAGCAGAAGGCAGCAUCCGUCUGGCAGGAGGCCGUGCUCCAAACGAAGGGCGGGUGGAGAUAUACCACAGUGGAGAAUGGGGGUGUGUUUGCAACGACCGCUGGACGGGUCUCGCUGCCCAGGUGGUUUGCAGACAGCUCGGUUUCAGGGGACCAGCCCGGCUGGCAUCUGAGGGGGAAUUCCCACCUGGUCAAGGCUUCAUCUUGCUGGACGAUGUGUCCUGCAUGGGCACUGAGCUGUCCCUCCUGGAUUGCUCCCACACCAGCUGGGGACAACAUGACUGUUCCCAUGAGGAGGAUGUGGGAGUCCACUGUUCCCCCGAAAGCAACAAGAUUACGGAGGAGGCACCAGGGCUCCCAGUGCGUCUAGUGGACGGGGAGAACACCAAAGAGGGGCGUGUGGAGGUCUUCCUGAACGGACAGUGGGGCAGCGUCUGCGAUGACGGCUGGACGGACAGAGAUGCGGCCGUGGUUUGCAGGCAGCUGGGUUACAGUGGGGCUGCGAAAGCCAAGAGCAUGGCUUAUUUUGGGGAAGGCCACGGACCCAUCCACCUAGACAACGUGGAGUGCAGUGGCACGGAGCACUCCUUGGGGGAAUGUAGCAUCCCCAAGAGCGGCACGCACAACUGCUGGCACGGCGAAGAUGCUGGAGUGAUCUGCAACUACGUGGAAGGGGAGGUUCAGGACAUCAGAAACGUGGGUGCAGUGCCUGGCAUGUGUGGCCUUCGCUUGCUCCAUCACCGCAGGAAAAGGAUAAUUGGUGGAAAGAAAUCUCUCAGAGGAGGCUGGCCGUGGCAGGCUUCACUACGGCUGAAAGGUUUUCACAGGGAUGCUCGUCUGCUGUGCGGAGCAACGCUUAUCAGCCACUGCUGGGUGGUGACGGCAGCACACUGCUUCAAAAGGUUUGGGGUAGACGUGCGCCGCUACCUGCUGCGGGUUGGGGAUUACCAUACCGGCGUGAGGGACGAGUAUGAAAGAGAACUGCCAGUGGAAAAGAUUAUCCUCCACAGGAACUAUCAGUCCAGCAGCAAUGACAAUGACAUCGCCCUGGUCAGGAUUCGGGGGAUCGAUGGCCGUUGCCUCUCCUUCAGCCACCACGUCCUUCCCAUCUGUCUGCCUAGCAGGAAAGAGAAGUCUGCCAUUGACCGAAAGGCUUGUAUCAUAUCUGGCUGGGGAGACACAGGGAAAUCUUAUUCGAGGACGCUCCUCCAGGGCUUGGUACCCCUGCUCUCCCAGAAAGUCUGCAGGUCCCGUUAUGGAAGAAAGUUCACGAAUCGUAUGCUUUGUGCCGCAAACCUUUCUGAGGAUAAUCGAGUGGACAGCUGCCAGGGCGAUAGCGGGGGGCCACUGAUGUGUCAAAGGUCAAGUGGACACUGGGUUAUUCUGGGGAUCACUUCCUGGGGUUAUGGGUGCGGCCAGAAAGAUUCCCCCGGGGUUUACACAAAAGUCAGCAAAUUUGUGCCUUGGAUCAAGAAGGUAACCAAACUGAAGUGAAAGCAGCUAAGCCAGUUUCACCUAAUUGAAUCUAAAACUAUGGCCCGCUGGUUUCAUUUCUAACUGUAUUUCGUUGCCGACUGCUGCCAGUGGAACCAAAGAAGAUUUGUUCUAAAUGCUCCCCAAGAACUUACUUUGGACCACUAAUGUCAUUUUGAAAUCUUACAUUUGGUAUCUUCACAUUCAUUUUAAAUCCUGUAGGUCAACGUAUUCCUUCAGGAUCAGCCAGGACUUGAGGUGUUGCUAUGAUCUCCACUACGAUCCAAUGUUGGCAUAUUUAUACAUUUCACGACUGUGGUAGAAUGAAAUUGCUUAGAUGGUAUCUGCAAUAAUCCAUUUGCAUGCAAGUCAGCAUUACUGUAAUCCAGAUUCAUCAGCACUGUUUACACUGGACCGCACCGAACCUCAGUGCGAACAAACCGUGCUUUCUGAACCACUUCAUCAGCUCCAACUUUGGGUUGCUAGUUGAUCACAAGCAGUGGUUUGGUGUUAUGUCUGAACUGAGCCAAUGCUGUUCUUUUCAGUUUUCUUAAAAAGAAACCAUGGAUGGUGGUGGCUGAAAAAGAGACCCUGUAUGUAUACGUUUUUCAGCUUGGGGAAGUGGCGUGCGUGGGAAAGCUUCUCCAUGUGUACCAAUCUGAAUUGGGUGCACACAUGCAUUGGAAACGUGGAACAUUCAGUCCACAUAUGAUCCAAAGUCCUUGAGGCAGCCAGGAGGAUUUUGUAUUGUGCAAAUUGGUUCUCAAGAUACUGGAAAGGGUGAUAUGGCUCUGCUCCAGUGGCACUCACACCAUGCUACCACAUGAGCUGAGGAGCAAUGGAAGCUGCUGUAAUAAUUAGAUAAUUGCAUACACAACGAUAUCAACAUGUCAGUUUCUUGGGUGUACUUAGGGCAACGGAGCCUAGGUUUCAAAGCUUCUGCUUUUACAGCCACUAUGGUUAGCUAUUUUGUUCUUCGUUUUGAUUGGUUGUUGUGUUGGGGCGAGAACAACACCCCUCUUCUCUGCUUGUUUUUUUUUUAAUUUCGUGCAGCUUCGUAGAAGCGCAAGUAGUCUUUUUUACCUUGUGCCAGCCAUGGCGACUCCCGUCGUUGCUACACAAGCAUACAUGCUCUUUUCAGGAGCGCUUCUUCAUAGCCACGACCAGCACACACACAAAAAUUUAAAAGGCUUCAUGCGCUCUGUGCCCAGCUCACUGCGCUCUGAUUGGCUGGAACGUUUCACGUCACUCCCUAGGGCGGGAAAAAUAAACCAAUUGUCUUCCCCAUGUCUCCCACUGAUCUGGCCUCGGACUGCAUUUUUCAAAAAGUUGCACCUUCCUGCCGGUUUUUGAAAAAUGCGGGAUGAAGGGGAGAGCACGUGCCAGGGCUGGGAUAAAGCCAAGUUGGGCACCAUGGGGAAUCACCCAAAGAGGAACAUCCCACUCAAGAGAUAAUACUUAUGCGCACAGGGUGAUUUCAUGCUGCCCCACAUGUCCAGACAUGAUCACUCAUUCCACCACUUCUUACAAUCCUUACAUGACAAGAAAAGACUUCAAUAAAGCAGAAAUUGCUGUUAUCCCAAAGGCAAUUUGCUAUAUAACUCUGGAAGUAUUUGUUUAUUCAUUUAGGUCAAUUAAUUCCAGCUGUCCCCAGAUGGGAACUCAAAGCAGUUUACAUCAUUCCCUUCUCCAUUUUGCUCUCACAGCAGCACUUUGAGAUAGGUUAUGGUGAGACUGUA